GCAUACUCGUACAAGCAGCGGUGAGCAUUUGUAGAUAAAUUUUUAAAGCAAAGUUGAAGUUAAUUAAGCGAACGUUGUAAAAUGAAAAUAAGAAUAAGUUUUUUUGUUUUGGCAACAUUGAGUAUUUUGCCUACUUUGGCUGAUUCAACUACUGAAAACCCUGUGAUAACUAUUGGAAAUCCCACCGAAACCCACAGUCCGAGACAGGGAAGUGAAGAACGAAAACAAGAAGAGAGAGAACUACGUGAAAAAUUUGAGAAGGGGGAAAGAAAAUAUUAUGAUAAGCGCAUUGCAAAUCUAGAAAAAAAUAUCCAAAAUAUGCUUGCUAACAUUUACUUAUCUGGGUUUAAAAAAAUGGAGCUUGAUGUCGCCCUAGCUUUACUAAGAAAAGCUGCCACAAGUAAAGAUACCGAUGUCAAAAAAUUUGCCUAUAAAGAAGCAUUUGACAUAAGCAUCCGUGCCCUGCCUUAGCAAUUAAGUGAACUGACUAUUUGGGCUUUUCUUCAAAUUAGCAGCAAAGUAAUAUAUGUUCCAAACACCGUAAUGGUACAUUAAUUUAUAUUUGACAAUAGCCAGUCAAAUAUAUAACAUAUUUAAUAUUUAA